AUGAAUAAAGAAGCUCUUGAGAAGCUUAACAAUGCCAACAGCAAUAAGAUUCAAUAAUCAUCAAUGUCUCUCUCAGAGAUUGAUAUUAUUAAGCAAGUUGUCAAUAAGGCAAUAAAAAGUAUGGCAUUAAGUCCUGAUUAGGAUAAGAAAGAGAUCUCGAAGGACGAAUUUAGAAAUACUUACAGGAUAUGGUCUGGGUUUGUCAAGUUCAUCAGGAGUCAAAUACAAAGCAAAUAAAGAUUGGUUGAUACAAAAUAUAUCGGAUGCUUCUAUGAAAAAGAUGGCAAGAUUGUAUAUUUGGUUAGUUAAGAUUACUUCGAAGCAGGUAAAUUUAAGAAUAAAAAACAGCCUGAGUUUGAUAAAUAGCAAGAGAUCAUCAAAGGCUUUAAGGAUAAUAACUUGUUUAGCUAGAUAAAUGAAUAGGCGAUAGCUUUGGUAUGUAACUUAAGUACUGCCUUAGUUUAAAGAGUGCUUACAGAUUUUUUCAGCGCUUUAAUAGAGUUGAGCAGAACUACUAGGCAUGAGGUUAUUCUUGAUUUUAAGGUAGGGAAUCUUCAUUUAAAAAGAAAUGGAGAGUUAUUGUUCGAAUCAAAAGCUGAAACUGAUGCUAAUAUCAAAAAUAGGAAUAGAGAUAAUGAAACAAUAAGAGAUGAUGUUAGUAUUAUAGAUACAGCAAGUGCUAUGCUGAGUUAAAUUGGUAGAGGGGGAGGUCCAAUCUCAAUUAGAAGUGAUUUCAUGGAAAACUUAAGUGUGAGAACUCCAGGAACACUUUCAACAUACAGCAAAUCAAAUCAUAGCGUGAGAGCCCAUUCUACAGAGGCAAAUAGUAUAAGAAAGAAUUAAAAAAUGAAUCAAACAGCCGAAAAUUGGAAUAGAUUCAGGACUAAUGGGGCUACCUCUGGAAACAAUAAUAGACUUUAAAGCUUGCCAAAUAAUGAAUCAGGAACUGAAUAUUAAUCUAUUGACUCUUAAAAAUAAAUACCUUUUCCAUUUUUACAAGCUUUUAUAGAAAGGAGAACUGGCUAAAGAUUUUCAAAAAAGGUAAAGUUUAACUAAUCAGAGGAUCAAUCCAAGAUACUUGGACAUAUAAUUGAUCAAAUUAAUACUAAAUAAGAGAAUAAGGAUACUGUGAGGGCAAAUAAACUAGACAAAGAGUAAAGAGAAGUUCAAAUGCUUGGUGAUAGACUCAAACUAGAUCAAUAAAAGUUUAAGAAUGACAAACUUAGAAAGAAAUUAGACUUUUUAUAGGCGAAUGAGGCAAUGCUUUUGGAAAAAAGAAUGCAGAAUAAGAUGGAGCAAGAGUAGAAGUUAAAUGACAGACUUAACUACUUUCCAUUCACUCACGGUGAUACAAUUGAGCAGCAGAGACAAAUGAUCAAGGAUUUGCAGAAAUAAGAACUUAUUGAAUAGUACUAGAGGAAAGCUGAGGCCAAAUCGCUAUCUUAAAGCAGACCAUUCAGAGUUAGCAAUCUUGAAAAUAUCUCAGAGAACAAUAACAAUAAUACAUCAUUAAUUCUACCAAGUUCAACUGGAGUUACUUUUGCAAAAGCUCUCAACAAUUAUCCUUACAAAGUUAAGCAAACUUAAAAUAUGGAAUUAACAAUGAAUAGAGCUUGGUUAAGAUAUGAGGAUGAGUUACGCUAAAAGGAAGAGCACAAAAAGAAACUUGCAGAAAACUUCUACCAUUCGAUUGAAAAAGACCAGAAACAGAUAGAGAUGGAAAACUUUAAGAGAAUUUAGAAUCAGAAAACAACUAGAAAGGAGUUGAUAGAUCAGAUGGAGCAUAGAAAAAUGAUGGAAAACUUCAAUAAUCAAUAGGAAAAAGUAUUUGUAAAGACUAGCUUUGGGCCUGAACAAAAUGAAUUAUUAGUCAGUAUGCUUGAUGAGAUACAGAAGGAGAAGAAAUUUGUGACCAAGAAUGAUCUCGAAGAUUUGAUCACAUCUAAAAAGACCAAGCAAGAUAUUGAUACAAUUAAUGAGCAUAGUGUAGACAAAAAGACAAUAAAUGGACUGUAGCAGACAUUUAUGGAGGAGCAGAAGAGAAUUAUUGAGAUUGAAAAAUAAAAGAAGUUAAAAAAUAAAAAUGAGUGGAUAUCUCAGGCAAAGAUGAAUGAAAAAGCUAAGAAAGUUGAAAACUUAUUUUAAUGA